CCAGUCGCAUGUGUCGGAGACACAGCCUGUGAGAGGAGCCGGGAGGGAGAGAGACGGAAGAGAACAGCCGGCGCCAUCUUCGUGUACGGAAAAGGCGAGCCGCCAUUUUGGGCGCCGGAAGCGCCGCCGAGGGCGCGGCCAUUUUGCGCGGCCUCCCUCCCUCCUUCCUUGGCCCCUCUUGCGUCCGUCGCGGAGGGAACGGGGCCGGGGCCUUGUCCCCACCUCCCUUUUUUAGGUGUCUUCAUAAAAUGCCCGCCGAGAGCCCUCCCUUCCCCCCGCUGCUGCGCUCCAAGAUGGCGUCGAUGCGGGAGAGCGACACCGGCCUCUGGCUCCACAACAAGCUGGGCUCCACCGACGAGCUGUGGGCGCCCCCCAGCAUCGCCUCGCUGCUCACGGCUUCGGUCAUAGACAACAUCCGCCUCUGCUUCCACGGCCUCUCUUCCCCCGUCAAGCUCAAGCUCCUGCUCGGGAUGCUGCACCUGCCCCGCCGCGCAGUGGACGAGAUGAAAGGUGCACUGACUGAAAUUAUUCAGCUUGCUACGUUGGAUCCAGACCCUUGGGUAUUAAUGGUGGCUGAUAUUUUAAAAUCAUUUCCAGAAAUUGGGUCCCUUAACCUUGAGCUGGAAGAGCAGAAUCCCAAUGUUCAGGAUAUUUUAGGAGAAUUACGAGAAAAAGUGAGUGAAUGCGAAACAUCAGCCAUGUUGCCAUUGGAAUGCCAAUUAAAUAAAAAUGCCUUGACCACAUUGGCUGGCCCACUUACACCUCCAGUGAAACAUUUCCAACUCAAACGGAAACCAAAAAGUGCCACUCUCCGAGCAGAACCCUUGCAGAAAUCUACUGAAACUGCACAGCAGCUCAAGAAGACACUGGAGCCUUUCCAUGCCAAGGGAAGGGGGCUAGUGAAAAAAAUCGAUACAACCAGCCCACGCAAAGGAAUACCAAAGCAAGCUCCAUUCAGGAAUCCCAACCCCAAGGUGUUUAGUCCUGCUGGAAAUAGAACUCCAAUUCCUCCCUCAAGAACCCCUCUGCGUAAAGAGAGAGGAGUAAAGUUACUAGCCAUCUCAGAGUUGGAAAUGAUUGGUGCUGGCCGGGAGGCGAAAAGAAGAAGAAAGACCAUUGAUACGGAAGUAGUGGAAAAGCAAACAAAGGAGGAAGCUAUAGUAGAAAAUGCUACUCCAGACUAUGCUGCUGGGCUUGUGUCUACACAGAAACUUGCCUCAUUGAAUAAUGACCCUGCCCUGGCUUCUACAAGUUAUUUGCCUGCAGCCCCCAGUGUUGUACCAUCCUCUUCUUAUGCUCCAAGUUCUGAAACACAGCCCACUGGAUCUGUUCGAGAACCUUUGCAAGCUAAAGAGGAGCCUACUACAUCACCCACCACUGCAGUGCCAACUCAGUUUAAGCAAAGAACACCCAUGUACAACAGUAAUACAAAUGUAACUGCAGCAACACCUACCUCCCCUGUGACUCCACCGGCUACCACACCAGCUACACAGGCACCACAGGGUGCCACUCAGCAGGCACCGGCCAAGAAAGGCCUCUUCUUAACAAGGGAACAAAUGAAUGCAGCACAAGAAAUGUUCAAGACAGCAAACAAAGUGACAAGACUAGAGAAGGCCCUUAUUCUUGGAUUCAUGGCAGGAUCCAGAGAAAACCCUUGUCAAGAGCAGGGUGACAUAAUCCAGAUCAAACUAAGUGAGCAUACAGAAGUGCUGCCAAAGGCAGAUGGAACAGGAAGCACCACCAUGUUAGUUGAUACAGUCUUUGAAAUGAAUUAUGCUACUGGCCAGUGGACCAGACUAAAGAAAUACAAACCAAUAACAAAUGUUUCUUUAAAAGUUCAGUAAAAAAAAAGUUGUAGACCAAAUGGACCAUAGGAUAAGCCAGCUUGUACUUUGUGUACUAGGCUGAAAAACAUUCUUGUGCAGGCCUCAUUAUAAUCACCCAGCAUCCAAGCUGUGAUUGACUGAAGCAGUAGGACAGGACAAAAUAGGAAUGCUUUUAUUUUUAUUAAAAGUUUAGGGGGACUAUACAGUGACUCACAAGAAUUGAAGGAUCAGAGCUGAAACACCUCUGCCUUUAAGAGAAAGGGGAUUAUAUUCUAUUUUCUCAGGUGAGAAUAUUGAGCAAAAACCUUCCAGAAGAGCAAAUUUUACAACAGUGGUGACUGAAUGUUUAGAUUCUGUGUUAACAGUAGGCCCUGCUGUACUUGCAGUGUCUCUUUCUCUUCUGUAGCAGAAUGUUAAUGAUUUAUGCCAUGUGGAAUGGCUUCCACUGUCAUGGUUUUUACCAAGUAUUGUAAAAGCAUGAAGAGUAUUCCUUGGAUUUGCAUACAUUAAACAAUUAAGGAUGCUUUUUGUAAGGUUGCAUAAUGGCAAAUUUGCAUUCUUCACCACCUAGCGGAAAGCUGUAGCCCAUCCUAGUACCCUAGUGUUUGUACCGUAACAUUUGUGCAUUUCUUAUGUAAAUGGGUUACAUUUUUACAUCUUUAAAUAAAUAAAUAAAUAAAUAAACAAGAAAGCCGUGAGACUAAAAGAUAAAAUUUCAACCUGGGUGAGACUGAUGUUGACCUCAUUUUGCUGCCUCUUCAGUGACAAAAAUGUAUGAUUGACUUACUUGGAUUGCUGUACUACAAAAUGCUCUUUAAAUAGAUCAGUUCCAGUCUCUUUAAAGCUGCUAUCUCAGGGUAACAUACCUAGUUGCAAGAAGGUGAAGCACUUUUUGCUGUUCCACCUUAAUGUUUGUAGACUUCAUAAUGUGACAUUUUCUUAACCUGUCAUACCUGUGUCUUUGCUGGAAUGUGUUUAGGACAGUCACAUGGCAACAAGUUGUUUUUACCUCUAGUUUUUCUAGGGUCUGUUUAGUCACCUCUACUGGUUCUGUGGGAGGGACUUCACAGAGAAUGGUACUUUUCAGAAUAUUUUAAGUAUAUUCAUUCUUAGGACUUGUCAUCCCUGGGAUGCAAAAUAUAAUCAGGAAUAACCUUAUCUGAAGCUUCCUGAGACUAGAGAGCCCUGCUAGGAGCAGCACUGUUGCAGAAAUCUUUUCUCAGUGGGAUUGCUGAGAAAGUUGCCGUCAGUGCCAUGUUCUAAUUGCUGUCUUCCUGAAAUGUGCAUACCAAGUUGUUACUGCUUCACAUUUGAGAACUGAAGACUUCAUGCACCACAACAAAAGAAGAAACAACUACAUUUCCUUCUGUUAUUCCUGUUAAUAACAUUCAAAAUGGUAGAGCUGAUGUUGAAGAGGAUCACAGCUAUCACUGUAGCAGAAUGGGAUGCAUACAAAGGGGCUCUAUGCUUUAGGUGGUAAAAAGACAUUAGCAUAAGCUCUAGGUCAAGUAUGUUGAGGCGGUAGAUCAGUUUAAACUUGCUUGGUACAUGGAGUUUCAGUGCUAAAUUUUAUUUUAGUCCCACUUAGAAUAGACCCUUUGAAAUUAGAAGCCUGUUGAUUUUAAUGUGACUACUCUGUUCGUGACUGAAAUUGUCUUUUUAGCUUCUUCAAACUGUACCUGACCAGAAAGAAUUUUAACCUAAGAAGAUGGCAAAAGCCUUAUUUUACAUUUUAUUCUGAUGUAACCAAGCUAUAUUCUAAGAGUUAGAAUAUUCCUAAUUCUUCUGGAAUAAUAUGUUCACCAAACUGGCUGCUUGAAGGCAAGGUAUCAACUGACUAUAACUUUUGUUUCUGAUACAGACUCUUAAGAAGGCAGUACUUUUCUAUAUAUUUGUCACUGGAAGUUGUACACAAGAUACAGACUCCAUACUAGUUUUCUAGCAUCCCAGUUGGUGGCAAGGCCAAAUGUUUACUACAGAUGGUUGUUAAUGUGAGAUUUGAUUGUUAAAAUAAUUUAUGGCAUACUUAGCCAUUGUUUUGGCCAUUUCUGAUCCAGAGCCAUAUUAACUGUAAUGGCAAUUCUUCAGCUGGACUUUUUGUUUGCAAAAAUCAGUGUAGAGCUUCGUGUUUCCUAGAAUGACUGUAAAAAUUAAAAUGGUGUAAGCCAAUGGAUCCAAAUUCUUGCAUGCCACUGUCCUUAAAUACAGAAAGUGACAGUCCCAGAAGAGGUGAAAAGGCGUGCUUUUGUGAAUAUUUUGCCAUGCAUAUUUAAAAAUUCACUUGACAAGCUUAUGUGUGUCAAGUGAAACAUACCACUUUUUCUGCACAUUAGUAGAGAUGAGUUCACACUAGAUGUGUUCACUAGUGCAGACUUGGAUUAACAAUGUAAAUCACAUAUUGUGUUCGGCAUGAUAAAAUCCUUAUGAUAUAUGCACAAGGUAAUCAGUGUUGGACAUCUUGACUUACUGGGAAGAUUUGUAUUUCCCCUUCUGUUGGGUACCUCCUAGCCAGCAUAAGUUGUGUGCCUGACAUUAAAAGGAAGACCAAAAAAUAAAGAAAA